AUGGCAUCAUUGGUGGUGCAUGAGUUGUUACUAACCGCCGUCAAUACCCUCGGUCUGUUUCAUCGACAUAGUGAUGCAAAUCGAUCCUGGCUACGUCACGUUGCUGUCGCGUCCUGGUCUUCCAUUUCCUUCGCCAUCCCCACCACUAUUACUACUACCUCUCCUACCACUGCCAUUACCACUGCUGAUAUUUCCUCUACCUCGACCACCUCUCCUUUCUCCAUUCUCGCCCAAACCUCCUUCAUCAUCCUUGUCCACUCAACAGCAACAGCCGCAUACAAAAGAAAGCGCAUUACACUGAGUCCUGAUUUUUUGCUGUGGUGGUUUGGACACGCUGAUGUCCAGAAUGCCUGCCUGUCUGGACACGCACAAAAACAAGGUGUCCAGAAUGCCCGCUUAUCUGGACAUGACUUAAUUCUGACCUGGUUCCGUGCACAAAUGAGAACUGCACUUCUCAAACAUGUCAAUGACUAUCACCAACUGGAGUAUGUUGUGAAAUUCAAGAGAGACAAAGACUCCCCCGACCGUGAUCUUUACGAUGAAAACGAUGUGGUGCAUAUUCCUUUGCCAGAUUGCCCAUCGUAUGACGAUUCUUUGCCGGUCCCUCCUGAUCCUAGUCGACGUCACUCUUUUGCUGAAGCAGUUGUCCAAGCUUGCCAAUCCAUGGAGGCCAGUGAGGACGAAAAGUCUAAGAAUGAGUGGAUAAUUGGGAAAUUGCAAAUUGAAUCGAUAGCUCUGAUUGAAGAUAACGAAUCGACUCAGAAAGCAGAAUACAACGCUUUCACAGACGCCGUGAACAUCCAGCGCAUGGCAGGCAAGCGGUUCACUUGCCACCCGAUUGUUCCAGCAAAGCGAAAACUGCGAAAAAGCUCCUCCGACGAGAUCCUGGCGACAUCAUUUGCUCAUUUAAUCCAUCCGUCUCCCCUUCGCGAUAUCUUAGUGCAACGACAAUAUUUUGAAGUCAAUCACCAAGUCUGUCAAAUGCUAAAUUCUGACUGGAACACACACCUAAUAUCAAAUAUCUAA